AUGGCAGUCCCAUUCACCUACCACUCCAAGGCUCAAUCCACCUUUAAGCCUCCCCUCCUCGCCAACGAGAACGCCUACUUGGGCGAUAUCGUCUCCAGCGAGAAGGAUAAUGCCGAAAAGCCCAUGUCAGCCGGCUUCUAUCGUCUGGAGAAAGGAACCCCGCUCGAAUAUACUUAUACCUACGAUGAGAUGAAGAUUAUUCUCGAGGGACAAUUUGAGAUUUCCGACGAGACGGGCCAGAAGGUGACUGCGUUGCCGGGGGACGUGUUUUAUUUCCCCAAGGGAGCGAAGAUUACUUUUACGACUGAGACGUACGGAUUGGCAUUCUAUACUGGCCAGCGGGAGAAGAUGUGA